ACUUAAAAUAUAUUAUUUUCUCUUCCCAAUCCCACCCAUUUCUCUGAAACUCUUCUUCCAAAAUCAAGAACUGAGAAGAAAUCUAGCAGCAGCUGCGAACCAAGAAUUCAAUCGUCAUCCUUCAAAUUUGACCAAGUUUCUGGGGAAAUGGAUGCGGAGAUAAUAGACGUUGACGAAUGCUCCAAACCUUCGACUACGGAUGGUCAAAAUCGGCCUCGGAAGAUCCGGAAGCGGAAGAGGGGGUGCAUGGAAAUAGGAAGUUUGGUGAAGGAAGAGAGAGAGGCGAAGAUCGAGGGUCUUCGGAAGGAGAUUGAGAGCUUGUUUAAGUAUUACGGCGAAGUUAUGUGUCAGAGAGUGAAUCUUGAUUUAGGCCAAUGUAGUUCAAGUAAUUCGAUUGUGGCUGCUUUAAUGGAAGAGAGUGAUUUGCCAUUGUCGAAGCUUGUGGCUGAGAUUUACGAGAAGAUGAAGAAGAUAGAAAAUGGCGGUGGAUUAGAGUCAGUGACCGUCGCAUCAGUGAAARCUUCUAUUCUUUUUGUUGGUCGGAGGGUUAUGUAUGGUGUGCCCAACGCGGAUGCGGAUGUUUUAGAAGACGCCUCCAAAGAGUGUCUAUGGUGUUGGGAGACUAGGGAUCUAAAGUUGAUGCCAAAAUCCACCCGUGGAGUAUUGAACAUUCGUCGUAUGUGUCGGAAAAAGAUUAAUGAGAGGAUCACUGUUCUCUCGGCAAUGAUGUCAGCAUUGCUUAAGUCAGAGACUGAUGAGACUUUCAUUCAAGAGUUCACUAAGGCAUCAGAAAAACUUGGUAAAGUUUUUGAUGAAGCCAAGAUCCGUUUAUUAGUGGAUGGUUUGUCACAGAAGAAUUCUGCUGAGAUGGCUGAGAAGGAAGCAAAGCGAGAAGAGAAGUUAAUGGUCAAACAAUUAGAGAGAAGUCAGAGGGAGGCUGAAAAGGAGAAAAAGAGAAUAGACAGGGAACAGCAAAAGGAAAAGUUGCAAAAUGAAAAGGAGUCAAGAGAAAUAGAAAGGGAAGAAAAGCGUCGUGAAAAAGAAGAGAAUGAAAUGAAGAAACAACUUAGGAAGCAGCAAGAGGAUGCUGAAAAAGAUCAACGUCGCAGAGAGAAGGAAGAAGCUGAAUUGAAAAAGCAACUUUCUUUACAGAAGCAAGCUUCCAUAAUGGAGCGUUUCCUUAAAAAAUGUAAACCCAGUCCCUCAUGCCAGAGUGAUCAAUCUGUAACUGAAUUGACUACACCAGUUCCAUUGAGUAAAGCAAGUGAAAACACGGUGGAUGCGUGCACACAGUUAAUGGACUGCACACUUUCCUCAAAUGACGUGAUCAGUCCUGUUGUCAUCCGCAGGCUGCACUUGUCAUCUUGGCGCUUUAUAGGUCAUUCCAUCCGUUCAAGAGAAAAAAAGCACUGGGGCAUCCGGCAGAAGCCUAAGUGUGAACUAUUUAAGGAACUUAAACUUUCAACUGGCAGAGAAUUAGCUCAGGAUGAGGAAGAAUUGGGUGAGGAGAGGCUUGUAGAUGAUUGGGAAGAACAAAUUACAGAUGAUAGAACUAGCCAGUCAGAGUCACGCAGUACUUUGCUUGAUGUUAGGAAGUUGAACAGGGGGAAACAGUUGUUGCAAUUUGCAAAGAGCUAUAGACCUGCAUUUUAUGGCAUUUGGCCCACAAAAAGUCAUGUUGUUGGACCACGCCAUCCUUUUAGGAAGGACCCAGAUUUGGAUUAUGAUGUUGACAGUGAUGAAGAAUGGGAAGAGGAGGAUCCUGGUGAAAGCCUCUCAGAUUGUGAUAAGGAUGAUGAAGAGAACUUAGAAGAGGAAGGAUGUGCAAAAGCUGAGGAUGAUGAAGAGAGUGAAGAUGGAUUUUUUGUCCCCGAUGGAUAUCUCUCAGAAAAUGAGGGUGUGCAACUUGAUAGAAUGGAAACUGACGAUGUUGAUGAGGUCAGGAGCUUACCUAGUUCUACGCAAGAUAUGGAGGGCAAGGAACUAUGUAGUUUGUUUAAGCAGCAAAAGCAUCUUUACAACAUGACAGAGCUUGCACUUAGAAAAAAUCAGCCACUGGUUGUAUUAAAUUUAUUGCACGAGAAGGACAAUUUUCUAAUGGCUGAAGAUCUUGAUGGCACAUCUAAGCUAGAGCAGACAUGCUUAGCAGCUCUCAGUAUGCGCUUGAUGCAGGGUCAAUGCCCUGUAGAGAUAUCACUAGACGGAAUGCAAGACGAGGAUGCUGAAAUGUGCCUCCCAAGUGGCAAGGACAGUGGCUCGCAGAUCUCAGCAUCGCCUAUCCUUGACUCAGAUAUGACUGUAAUCGUGUCGACUAUUCAGUCCUGCUCACAGAGUAUCAACAAGGUGGUUGAGUCAUUACAACAUAAGUUCCCUAAUGUACCAAAGUGUCAUUUGCGAAACAAAGUCCGGGAAAUAUCUGAUUUUGUAGAAAACCGAUGGCAGGUUAAGAAGGGAAUUUUGGAAAAACAUGGCGUUUUGGCAUCUCCAGAAAAAGGUACUGGAAGAACAAAAACUAUAGCAGCAUUUUUUUCGAAACGUUGCUUGCCACCUGCUGGAAAAUGUAUUAAUCCAAGUGAAACUUCACCUCAAUCUUCUAUGAAACCAGGUUCAGCUGUCCAAGAACAGAAAACUUGCACGAAUCAAUAAUAGCAUCUGAUUUUAACCAGGUUUUGUUCAAUGUCCCACCGCCUGUUCUUGCAUAACAGGCUCAUAUAUCUAUGAACUCUUAAAUGUUGGAUAGUGAAUGCACAAAUGAAAGAGGAUAUCCUCCAGCUUGGAAAUGUAUCUUUUUGUUGGGCCAGCCAUGAAGCCUAGUGGUAUAGAAAGUCUUGUUGUAUAAUGUUUUUUUUUUGGUUUGUGGAUUCAAAAAGGCAAAAUCAGCAAUAAGAAGCUGUGUUGUGGAUGUGGAUCAGUUAGCUUAGCUUCUGUUUUGUUUUGGUGCUGAACAAACUCAACUUGUUGAUCGUUAGUGAUGUUUAUAUGAUAGAGGGUUGAUUGUGUUCUGCAUCUUAAUUUUGGAGUUCAA